UUUUCCACAUUAUUGACAUAGCUAUGCGGCUGGCUGUCGCGCUAGUCAGGUUAUUGCUGUGUGUGCUAGCUAGCCACUUUCAACUUAUAUCGGACAAAAUAUUUUUGGGAUAAUUUGAGACCGAGCUAGCAAGCAAGUAACAAACUAGUUAAAUUCCUAAAUUUAGUCAACUCGGAUAUAUAUACAUUUAAAUUGCAUGUAAAUAAGUAAGACAAUUGGUAAUUCAGUUCACGGUAACGUUAACGACAUUUUAUGUCGCUAGGCCAAACAGGAAAAGUAUUGCUGCUGUACACUGUAUGUAGCUGCAUAUGGAGAGUUUGUCAUGUUGCGUUACUGAACCGAUUAACACGAUAUUUGAGCGGAGUUAAAUAUAUUAGGCCUUGUUGAUUAGCCACAUCCCAAUCUGUGAUAAACUACCCUAUGGUUCUUCAAAAUCCGUAAUAAUUUGAAGCGUUUUUUUUUUUUAAACACAACUGUCCAGUUUACAGUAAUAUGGUCUACUUCAUCUCUAAUGUAUCAUUGCCUGCUUGAAUUGUAUACUUCCAGAUGUGAGACAACCCUUGUUUCAAUAUUAAGUCUCACACCAAGCCUUUAACAUUUUAUCAUUUAGCAGAUGCUCUUGUCCAGAGCGACUUACAGGAGCAAUUAGAGUUAAGUUCCUUGCUCAAAGGGCACAUCGACAGAUGUUUCACCUAAUCGGCACGAGGUUUCGUACCGCUCUUAACCGCUAGGCUACCCACUGACCCCUUUAACAUGUUAAUUAAUAAUAAUACAGGUGUGGCAUCAGUAAACUACAUUUUGAAUAAAAGUUUGUGCCAAUUGCAUUAGUAGGCCAUGAUUAUCCCAUUGAUAAAUAAAUAAUACAUUGACUGUGCAUAUUAUGCCAAAUGAUCAGAUCUGUUUUACAUUUUUUCCCACAGCCCUCAUGGUGUACCUGCAGCCUUUCUACCCCAUAAAUUAAAUUCAUAUUCAAUGGAGUGGUACUAAAUGAUCCAAUCACAUUAUUGUGUUGCCUUCCUAUUUGGACCGUACAAUAGAUAAGCUCUUGUUAUACGGAGGAGCUGGGAAUCUGAUGUAUAUUCCCCACAAUUGUCUUGCUCAAAUAUGUGCAGUACUAUCCUGUAAUGGCUAUGCAGGAGCCUGGCAGGACCAAAGGCUUCCCUUGUAAACACUGUGGCACAGUGUGUUCCAACAUGCCAAGCCUUCUGGAACACAUGGAUAGUCACUCCCAGCAAGAGGAAGAUCGCAAGUUCAAGUGCGAUGAAUGUGGGCGGGGUUACAGGCACGCAGGUAGCCUCGCUAACCACAAGAAAACACACGAGUUGGGUUCUUUUCAAUGUCCAGUAUGUGCUAGGAAGCUCUCAAACCCUCUGGCCCUGAAGAGCCAUCUGCGCAUCCACACAUCUCAGAAGAAGUACUCCUGCAUGGAUUGCGGGAAGGCCUUUAGGUUAGCUACUCAGCUGGCCACCCAUCAAAAGGUCCAUCUAUCCAGGCAGUCAAAGAGGAGAGCCGGUAGGAGGGCAGCUGCAGAAUAUUCUCCAAUUGAGAAUCGAGAUGAAAUUGAGGAUAAUGAAGACCUUCAUGAGCAGUUGGUCUUUGUGGCUGACCAGCAAGACACAAGGAUGGAUAUUAUAUCUGAUAAUGGCCUUAGUCAGGGGGGGGCAGAGAUUAUCCCCAUCUCAGCAAAUUACAGUGAAAACCUAGGCUCUGAUGAAGUAGGGGAUCGACCUUUCAAAUGUGAUCAGUGUGAAAAGUCAUAUAGACACCAUGGAAGCCUGAUCAAUCAUAAAAAGUCUCACCAAGUAGGGAUGUUUGAGUGCCCUAUCUGUUUCAAACAGUUCAAUAAUCUUGCUGCCCUCCAUAGUCACCAGAGAACCCAUAAGUCCAGAAGUGGGCCAGAUACCCGUUCCACGGAAGUCACUUACACAGGCACAGCACAAGAGCAGUUAUCCCCCUCAAACAGGGAGGCUGCUGUACAUUUCUGCCACCUUUGUCAAGUGAUGUUUCCUAAUGAUGAUGAGUUCCAGGAACACAUCCAAAUGCAUAAUUCUUCCUCUAUGUCAUUUGGGCACAUUCAAAGUUCAUCUGAGGGUUAUCAUGGCACUUAUGACCAUAGUGUCACUCAUUCUCCUGACUCAAACUUUAAUUCACCCCCUCUAAACAAUAAUCCAUCGAUGGAUAAUCAGGGGGAGCAGAUCAACGAUGUACAAAUAUACUCUGACCACUCCAGUAACGAAUCCAUCUUGAACACUCAGCAAGGGCCCUCAAUCUUGGAUUCUGAGAUUUCUGCUGACGAUCUAGGGAAGGCAGAACAGUCCUCAGUUACAGAAAAUGUUGAGCGCCGCUUCAAGUGCCAGGUCUGUGGCAAAAGCUACCGGCACGCAGGGAGCCUCAUCAACCACAAGCGGUCUCAUCAGACGGGCAUUUAUCAGUGUUCCAUCUGCCGCAAGACUUACCCACACAUGGCUGCCCUCCGCAGCCACAUCCGCAUCCACAGGGCCCAUCCGUCCUCCUUCAACCUCAGCUCUGAAGGAGACUGGCUGUCUACCGAGCCCCUGACACUGGAGAACCAGCAGGCCUGCUUUUCCUCUCAGGAUGGUGAUGCUAGCAGUAUGAUGGCGCUCGCUCAGGAGACCAAGGGUGAACACGACAAUGGAGGAUCAUUCCACGAGCAGUUUGACUCUACCUUUCCCCAGGAAAGAACUGUGCACCUACCUCACGACGAACACCUGAUGGAGAGGCACAUGUGCGCCGACUGUGGCGAAACAUUUGCAGACAUCGCAGGGAUCAAGUCGCACAUAUGCCCCCAGCUACAACAGCAGCAGGAGGCCAUGGCAAAUGAUUGCGACAGUAACCUAACCUUCCAGGACACAAAUGGCCAAUGCUCUAUGGGAAAUCCAGGGGAUCAUAUAAAAUUCCAGGGACUGAAUGGCGGCCCUGGGCAUAGGUACUUUGGUGAACACAACUUCCAGGAAGUCAUGAAUGGGGAGCAGUUAAAUGGUGGUGAUGGCGAGGAGGAUGAUGAUGAUGAUGAUGAUGAUGACGGAGAGCUCUAUCAAUGCUCAGUGUGUGGAAACCGCUACACAAGCAUGAGGGCUCUGAGGAGUCAUCUUCGUGGCCACACUCAAUCCCAUGACACUCCUACAAGCUCCGGCCCCUCCUCCAUGUCCUCCCUCGAGGCUGAAAAAGAGGAGGACCCUGGAGAGAGACAGCAGGUGGAUGGGGGUCUGAUGAUCUGCAGUACUUGCGGAGAGAGUUUUGCCAAGAAGCAGGACAUGCUUGCCCAUCAGCUCUCGCACCAUAAAGCACAGGCAGAUGACUCUAAACACAUACAUAUGGACAAUAGUAAUGGAGCUAGGCACAAAGAGGAAAUUGACAGCAUCAUCUGUGGAAAUUGUGGUACAUUUUGCACCAGUUACCAUCAUCUUGAGACACAUCAAUGUACAGCAAAUGGGCAAAGUGAAUCUAGUAAUGAGAGAACUGAAAUGGGCAACUCUGUCAACCGUAAAGAAUUAGGACCCAUGAAAGAGGAUUUAGACGAUGGUGAUCGCCAGUACAAGUGUGAUCAGUGUGGAAGAGCAUACAGACAUGCUGGCUCCCUUCUCAACCAUAAAAAGUCCCACAAAACGGGAGUAUUCCGCUGCAUGGUUUGUCAGAAGCGCUUCUACAAUCUACUGGCCCUUAAGAACCAUCAAAGGACCCACUUUGAUGUUAAGAGGCAUACUUGCAAUGAAUGUGGGAAGGCAUUCAAGAUACAGAAGCAGCUAUUGAACCACCUAAGAAUUCACAAGGAGAACAAGGCCAAAAUACAGGAGCUCAACAAUCAGAUUCAGGCCCUCAUGCAGAUGAAUGGGAACGGGUCAGAGGGAGGAAUGCACUCGUUAAAUGCACCUGCCAACCAAGCCGGCACCACCAACCGCAGAAAGCGUAGACCAACCGUCAACCUAAAGAAACCCAGUGUGGGGGAAGGGGCUCUUACAGCGUCUCAGACUGAGGUCAAAUCAGAGGGGGCAGGCGACCCUCGCCCCUACUCCUGUGACCAAUGUGGGCGAACGUAUCGGCACGCAGGAAGUCUGGUCAACCACAAGAACUCUCACAAGACGGGUGAAUACUACUGUUCUGUUUGUAACAACACCUACUCCAACCAACUGGCUAUGAAGAACCACCUGCGCAUCCACUUCUCAGUCAAAAAACACAGUUGCCAACACUGUGGUAAGGCCUUUAGGGGAAAGAAGCAGUUGUCUAACCAUAUUUGCGCACACCUCCGAAAGGAUAUGCCUGGAGGGGUCAGGGGAAGUGGUCGCAGACGCGCUAGAAACAUUAAAUGUAAGCAGUGCAGACUGACAUUUGUAUCUGCAGACCAGCUCACAGCCCAUACCUGUGGGUCACUGGCAAACUCAUCAGAGGGCAGUGAUGGACAAACGAGCAUGUCCUUGAAAAAAGAGGAGCGACCAUUCACCUGCAACAUCUGCAAUCGCAGCUACCGCCACGCAGGCAGUCUCCUGAAUCAUAAAAACACCCAUAAGUCCGGCCACUUCAGCUGCACGUUCUGCUCUAAGCCCUUCUCUAACCCCAUGGCGUUACGCAACCACACACGAAUUCACACACAGAAGAAGAAGCAUGUCUGCCUGACCUGCGGGAAGGCGUUUCGGCUGGCCAGUAUUCUCCAUAACCACCAGAAAGUCCACACCAGGGUGGCCAGCCACUUCAGCUGCCCAGAAUGUGGCAAGAGCUUCCAGGGCAAGUCUGGGCUGAAGAGGCACCGCUGCCAGAGCAGGGGUCAGGAUGACUUGGCUAAAGCUGGUGACAGCUAUCACAGAGAUGGUGGUGGAGACAAGUGCUUCAUGUGUGACCUGUGUGGACGCUCAUACCGCCACUCUGGCUCCCUGCUCAACCAUAAAAAGACGCACUCCGAAAACCUCCACCACUGUACCUUGUGCCUCCAGACUUUCCCCGACCCCAUCGCCCUCCAUGUCCACUCCCAGAUGAAGCGCCACUGCUGCCCAGACUGUGGCAAGACCUUCUGUCUCGUCUCCCACCUGCAGAGCCACAUGGAGGUGCACUCCAAGGAACGCACCCUGGUCUGCAGUCCCUGCCAUCAGAGCUUCCCCAACCCGGCCAGCUACCAGCAACACCAGGACCUGCACCACCGGGCCCAGGGGCAUUACCAACAACACAGCAUGCAAUUAAAGGACAACCUAGGCUGGGGCUCGGAACUGGACCAACCCGUGGGGAUCCAGGGUAUGCCCAAGCUGGUACCGGCGUUUGCCCACAUGCACGGGGGCAUGCCCGACCCUCAGGACCAGCAAGAGAGCAACGAGGCUCACUGCACAGGGGUGAAGAGCCACGUGUGCGAGCACUGCGGCCGCACCUAUCGCCACGCCGGCUCCCUCCUCAACCACAAGAACAGCCACAAAACGGGCUCCUUCUUCUGCUCCGUGUGCCAGAAGGAGUUCACUAACCUAAUGGCCCUGAAGAACCACAGGCGCAUCCACACAGAGCCCAAGCGCUACCAGUGCCUGGAGUGCGGUAAGGCUUUCCGCGUGUCCACCCAGCUCAUCUGCCACCGGAGGAUGCACACCAAAGAGAAGCCUUUCUCCUGCCUGCUGUGCGACAAGAGCUUCUCCAGCAAGUCAAAUCUGCGCCACCACCAAAAGAUGCACCAGAGCGGUGCCCAGGUUUAUGAGUCCUCCUUCAGCAUGGAUGCUAACAGUUUCAUGGACUUGGACAUGGGCUCUUUUCUCUGAGUCGAGUCGGGAUUCAAAAGGUGAGGGUUUUCUUCAACCCCUCAGACCAUUGUAGAGUCGAAUACUUCUUAUAUUAGUCUCCCCUGGGCCCCUAUCAGUAAUUGUAAAGUGACGGGUGUUCCUCAAAGCCCCAGUAGAGACAGCGUUUAGUCUUGAUGCUGAGCUCUUCAAAGCUGCCUCACAAACGUUUAUUUUUUUUGUUUUGGUCAUACACUUUUGGACUCGUGGAAGGAAUUCCGAUCUUACCUCUAGUAGGGAUUGUGACACUAAAAAGUCCCAGAUUGGAUUGAAUGUUUGCACAAAGCCAUUGAAUCGUUUAGCGCUACAGAAGUGAGGACUAAAGGACAUGAUUUAUUUCCUCUUGCUAUCUAUUACUGUGUUUUGUGCCUCCGUAGGUUAAUUUCUCUGCUGUGCUCAUCAAAAGUGUGGGCUUUAUAUUUGCCCUUGAAUCCUGUUCAGUGUUGCCAUAGGUUAGAGAGAUGUGGUCAAUUGACCUUUUGUGAUGUGGUUUCAAUAAGGACAACCCUGUCGCUUUAAAGGAGAUGACCUCUAGUCCUACCCAGAGGAGGAUAUCAAAGGUAUUUACUGAAAUCAUGAAAUCAAAUAUAUGGUUUUAAUAAUGAUAAUAUUUGGGUUCAUGUUUGAGGCAUUGUAUGCUAAGUGGACGUAUUUAAUAAUUUAUUCCUGUUUGAUUUAUUUUUCUGUGUAUACUUUGAUAGAUCACAGUUUUCAAUGAAUGUUAACAUGUAAAGAGAACCUUGACUCCUUAAAAAAAAAAAAAAAAUUACUAUGUAGCGUCUAUGGAAAU